UACCGUAUGGCCAAUUCCUAGCCACAGAGGGAUUGGUACAAGUUUAUUUUGAAGGUUAACAUACCGGAAGCUAUACGUACAACUUAGUUAUCGCGAUAUGACUCAAAUGAGUGGGUAGCGAAGUUUGUGUGCGAAAAGUCUGUCUUUUUGAGUUGAAAUAACUGCUAAAGAACGAAAUUCUAGUGUGUACGGAAAAUUACAGUAAAAGGAGAAACACUACGUAUUCGUAUAAAAAACGAACGAGUCGCCAAAAGGGGACAAAUUCUUCUGAAAAUCGGCUUGUGACCCCGGAAUCUAAGAUGCUACCCACAGACAACUUGGCAAGACAUUUAGCCUGCAUAUUAGGAGUUUUGGCCGUAGCUCUGACACCGUGCCUUGCGCAAUCCAAUAUAUGCACUGAUGCUAAGACGUGUGGAGAAUGCAUUUCGUUGGAUCCAACGUGUGGUUGGUGUACACUAGAGGAGUACAAGAAAGCAGAUGGGAAUAGUUUCCCGCGUUGCGAUCUCCUCAACAACUUGGGGCAGAACGGCUGCACGGACAUCAGUAACCCCUCCAGCAGCUCCAACAAAACCAAGGAUGAACCCCUCAGCAACGCAGGCAACAUUGCAGAGUCUGAGGCAGUACAAGUCAAACCGCAAGCGAUACAUCUCAAGCUCAGGCCAGGGCAACCGACUGAGAUUACAAUGCAGGUCCGACAGGCAGAGGAUUAUCCCGUUGAUCUGUAUUACGUCAUGGAUUUAUCCAAAUCCAUGGAAGAUGAUCUCAACAAUCUCAAACAGCUCGGCACGACCCUCGCCGAAGAGAUGAAAGCCAUUACCAGCAACUUCCGCCUUGGCUUUGGUUCCUUCGUUGAUAAGACUGUCAUGCCUUACGUCAGUACUGUGCCUUCCAAGUUGAUCCACCCCUGCCCUGGAUGUGAGGCUCCCUACGGUUUUAAGAACAUUCUGCCCCUGAACCUCGACACUGAUCUGUUUACAAAUAUCGUCGGAGUUCAAAAUGCUUCCGGUAACUUGGAUGCUCCUGAAGGUGGCUUGGAUGCCUUGAUGCAAGUCACUGUCUGCACAAGUGAGAUUGGGUGGCGCAAGCAAGCUCGACAUUUGGUCAUCUUUACCACCGAUGCGCCGUUCCACUACGCUGGCGACGGAAAGCUUGGUGGUAUUGUUACACCCAACGACGGUAGUUGUCACCUGAACCUCAAUGGAGAUUACACACAGUCAACCAUUUUGGACUAUCCCUCCAUCGGACAACUGAACGCCAAAAUGCAGGAGAACAGCAUCAUUCCAAUCUUUGCCGUCACCUACACAGAGUUUGGCAUCUACUCGAAUUUGACGCAGUACAUCGAAGCGGCCACUGCCGGAAUACUGGCUGUGGAUUCCAGUAACGUAGUAGAUCUCGUCAAAGAAAAUUAUAACAAAAUCACCUCCAAAGUUGAAGUGGUUGACAACGCGCCAGAGAACAUCACGGUGGCGUACACAGCCCACUGCCUGAGGGGCCAGGUCCUACCGGGGUCCAGGGAAUGCAGCGGACUGAAGCUGGGUGACACGGUCAAUUUCACGCUGUCCGUCACGGCCACGUCGUGCUCCGAGCAACGCAUUCAAACGUUUACUGUCCGACCGAUUGGCUUCAAUGAGGACUUAGUAGUAACCGUGGAAGUGGUCUGUGAAUGCGAUUGUGAAGCACAAAAGGUGAUGAACAGUGACAAGUGCAGCAUGGGUAACGGCACGUUAGAAUGCGGCAGCUGCACGUGUAACCAGGGGCGUUACGGCGAGGACUGUGAAUGCAGCGGCAACGACGCUGAUCUCGGCGAUAAUGACUUGUCAUGCAGAGCUGGCAAUUCUUCCAUUGUUUGUUCGGGUCGCGGGUCCUGUGUCUGUGGACAGUGUGUGUGCUUCCAAAGACCGGACCCAACACAGCAAGUGUCUGGCGCACACUGUGAGUGUGAUAACUUCUCCUGUGAUCGCUACAAGGGAGAGCUGUGUGGAGGCCCGGAUCGCGGGGUCUGCGUGUGUGAUGAGAAGACCAAACGAAGCAAGUGCAACUGUAAACCGGGCUUCGAGGGGGACGCCUGCGAAUGCUCAACCAGAUUGGAUACCUGCAGAGCCUCCAACGGGCUGAUUUGCAAUGGCUUUGGAGUCUGCAACUGCGGCAAGUGCGAGUGCAACGUCACCACACCGUACCGAGGGGAACGAUGCGAGGAAUGCCCUGCUUGCCCAGGCAAGUGUGAAGUAAACAAGGACUGUGUUGAAUGCAAGCAGUUUGGUCAAGGACUGAGUGAGGAGCAAUGCGACCGUUGUCCCUACCCAGUCAUUCCGGUGAAGGAACUACCAUCAGACGAACAGUCGGAGCGUUGCUUGUACCACAACGAUAAGGAUUGCUCAGUACUCUUCACAUAUCAGACGCUGGAGAACGGAACGUUCAUCUUGCUAGUACAAGAGGAACCAGUGUGCCCUGUGCCAGUCAACAGCGCCUUCAUCAUCAUCGGCAUUGUCGUUGGCAUCAUCAUCAUCGGCCUGAUCUUGCUCUUCAUCUGGCGUCUCCUGACUUACAUCCACGACUCGCGGGAGUUUGCCCGGUUUGAGAAGGACCGAGCACAGGCCAAGUGGGACCAGAGCGAGAACCCAAUUUACAAGCCCUCCACCUCGACAUACAAGAACCCGCUGUACGGCAAGUAACUGCCUUUGUUUUCUCGACUCACAACUCUAUUUUUCUAACUGGUCAUUGUUUAAAACAAUUUUCUAAUCCUAAAACUGAUUUUUAAAAACUGAGUUGUAAGUGUUAAUGUUAUAAUUAUCACCAGAGCAGAACAAAAUGAUAAGUGUUAUCCAUAAAAUAAAUUGAAAUGUAGAAGUUUUUUUUGUGUAAAUGUUACCACACAACACUGACCAUCGUUAAGGCGUCCACGGUGGAAUUUUCAAAGCAGCAACAAUCUUGGGCCUUCCCUUUAGUAUUUGGUUUAAACCAAAACUUUCUUUUAAUUUCUUGGUUUUAUAUUCACAACUGGACGAGUCAUUGUGUCGUUCUUCAGUGAAAAUUAAAAAAUGAGACUUUGAAAGCUAAGACAAUUUUUAAGUCCGCUUUUAAUGAAUAUUCCACUUUAUGUUUUCGCACUCUUUGAACGUAAAGUCUACCAAGAAAAAGAAGUACUUUAAGGCCCCCCAAAAAAAAUAGUCAGUCUCUGGUCAGGGCGCAUCAAUUUUGAUCAUGCGCAUCAAUUUUUAAUUUUUUUUUCAAAUUUUCCGCGGUUGCUACAACAGCGCACGGCCUCAAAUGUCUGUUGGCAGCUCGGCCUCGUACCUUGUUUUUUAAAACAUUUUGAAGGCAAAGUCCAAGUCGUUAAAGUUGCCGUGGCUGUAUGGAAUAUGUGAACAAAAGCAUUUAGGGUACCUAGGCAAACGAGAAGGGAACCUACAUGUAGGCAAAAGAGGGGGUAGCAAGCAGAUAUGGAGGACACCAAGGCGUGGGGAGAGCAUCCAGUCAAACCAGGAGCACCAAGAAAUGGGAAAGGGCACCGAGGCAAAUGAUGGAGGGCACCAAGGCAAAUUGAUGGAGGACACAAAUGUAUACGAGAAGACAAAAAAAGCAAAACACUGACCCACCUUGUCUGUGCAAUCCAAGCUUGAAAAAAAGAAAAAGUGCAUUGCCGCAUCAGUUCCGGAAUUUUGCUCUGACCAGAGACUUUUUUUGUUUCGGCCAGAUAAAAGUGAUUUUGCAAAAACAAAACCAAAUAUAAAGCUACAAAAGAGAAGUCAACUCAACAAAUAAGGGUAAGGCACAAAUGCAUAUGCAAUGGUGUACUUUUGCCCGCCGGCAUCAAUCCAAGCAAGUGAUAAUCAGAUUUCAGAUGUUAAAAUGUAUUUUGCGAAACAGUUUUGUUCCUGCUUGCAAUAUGGAAAUAGUUGUUAUUCAAGAAACCCUGAUUGUGAUCAGUGAGCGAAAUGGAUCGGUGUUUCUAUCGACCCAGAUAUUUGUUUAAUCAUGCAUUGUCUCAGAUUUACUUACAUUUUACGAGGAAGUGGUUAACGAAAAAUCUAAAAUGGCCAAGUCAGGGGAGAAUCUGAAACUGUACCACUGUUCCGAUGGAAAGUUCAAUUCUAUGGUCUGUGGGUUUAGUUGUCUGUCAUAUCACACAUGUUUAGUUGGCAAAUUCAACGUGUAUCCGGAAGUCCACAACAUACCUGGAACUAAAUGAAACUAAAAAUGAUUAAAAUAGGCAAACACAAGUAUCCUGUUGGAGGAUGAAAAUGCCAGAUCACUUUACCACAAUUGCUUCUCUCCUGCCAGGAGUGUUAUGCAGCACUAUUGUCCCAUAAUCACAGUCUUAUCCUGCACAAUGUCAGGGGAUGAGUCUGGAUUGUGUCCCUAAGCUGGACACUUUACCACAAUUGCUUCUCUCCUACCAGGAGUGUUAUGCAGCACUAUUGUCCCAUGAUCACAGUUUUAUCCUGCACAAUGCCAGGGGAUCAAUCUGGCUUGUGUCCCAAGGCUAGACACUUUACCACAAUUUCUCAGUCCUUUCCAGGUUUAGGUGUGAGAAUGGGGAAUAAAAUACGAACAAACUUUGAAAACAUUUUCCAGACCAUUCACGCAACCAGUGGCACCAGGUUGUAAUUUGAAGAAUAAAUCCAGAAAAAAAAAUCAAUGUUGUGUGUGUUUAAGGAUGAAAAUGUUAUGUACAUUUCAGUAAUAUUUUUCUUUUUGGUAUUGGCGCUGAUUAAAUAAAUUGCACAUGCGUGUGAAUGUAGAGAUUCAUAGAGUGAAUAACAUGUAGUUGUAGCUUUGUAUAUUUAUUCAUUGGAUAGAACACGCUGCGUUACAGUUUAUUUUUUAACUAUGCUUAGCUGUCAAUUGUUUAUUUGGAAAGCUGUAUUAGAAUACAAUUAUUUAGCAUCCAGAAAGGGUUUUUUGGGGUAGGUUUUGGUUUGUGUAAUUUGAUACUAAGAAGACAAAUUUUUGUAAACUUGUUAAAUAAAAAUUAAAAAUAGUGCUUCGUCUUCCAAAUAUGAUCAGGUUUUUACAUUAAAUCUUACCCUAAGCCCAUAACCCACCCCCUUCAAAUUUUAAACAAAAAAAGGUUUGAAUCUUUUGCAUUUGUGGUUCAACAGGAAGAAAAGCAUUAAAUGAGUAAACAUGUCUACAACAAUGCAAUAGUUAUAUACAGUCGACUCUCGUUAGUACAAACUCUGUUAAUACAAAAUUCUGGUUAUAACAAACAUAAAGCCUUAGUCCCGACUGUGCAUUUAUGUGCACAAUGAAUGGGACUGAUGUUCCUCAUAGUACAAACUUCUGAUAUAACAAACAAUUUGGCUAGGUCCGAACGAGUUUGUUAUAACAAAACUCGACUGUAUAUGUGUUUUCCUAGCUGUUGAACAAAGGAAGUAAAAGUCGAGAAAUUCUGUAAAUAUAUGUCCUCCAAAACUGAUAAUAACAGUGGCUUUUGUUGCCUGAGCUGAAAGUUGUCUUCGCAUUGUCUUCCAAUUGUCACCGAUAUGUGUCUUGUAAGACUUUUUUUAACAGAGUCAGGGUUAAAGACCUAAAUGAAUAGCAUCGAUUAAGACAGGGUGCUGGAGACCUGGGCUCCUCCUUUUUGUAAAGUGAAUCAAAAAUAAUAAUGCAUUUGUAAUUGUUUUUGUAAUAUAAUUGUAAUUUCUGGGUGAAAGUUUCAGUACAUGUACGUGAAUAAAUAUUGGACAGUAGUGUGGUAUUGUAAUGUCUCAUACCUUAUUAUAUCACUUAUGCAAAUUAUAAUGUCUGUAGUGUGUAAUAUACAGUAUGUCCCGAAAAAUGUGUCCGUCUAAAUAUAUUUGAGUAUAUUUUGAAAUUUUUUAAUUGUGCAGACACUCAAUUGACCAUUGUGCAGUGAGGCGUUGGGGGAAGUUAAAUCAAACUCAUAGGGGUUGAGGCCAAAGAUAAGAAGUAUCUGCACAAUCAAUUUUUUUUCUUCAAAAUUUACUUUGUGGUUUUAUUGUUAUUUAAAAAAUAUUUAGGUGGACUUUUUUGGGGACAUACAUGUACUGUAGUACGUGCAUACAUGUAAUAGUUGUAUAUAAGCCAUUUAUUUUAAAAUGCUGGUCUUAGGAUUAAUUUCUGUUUGCAUUGUGUGCAGCAUAGAAGGAAGGCUAAUAAAUGCCUCACAAAAUGUGACUUCGCAAAAUUCUGUCUACAGACUAUUCCGGCAAACAAAAUUAGAAGCCAUCUGGUGAAACCAGUCUCGCGCAUAGGUAGUACACGGAUCCUACACAAGGAUAAGCGACUUUCCCAAAUUUCCGGUUAGAUGCGUGAUGCGACACUUGCGCGUCCUGCGCGAGACUCGGCGUGCAACUGCCGUCUUUCAGUGGUCCGAUAUCUGUCAGGACGCCAGCUGUCAGCGAGGAUCCGUGGGUAGUACACACGCACUUCGGGCUCCUUCGACCAGUAGAGUUAACAAAAUGCAAGUGCGCCUCGAAUAUGGUCUACCUGAAAAAGGGCUUCUCAUCUUGUUUGCCAAGUUACUCUGUAGCACUAAUAACAGAAUACACGCACUUCGGGCUCCUUCGACCAGUAGAGUUAACAAAAUGCAAGUGCGUCUUGAAUGUGGUUUUACCUUAAAAAGGGCUUCUCAUCUUGUUUGCCAAGUUACUCUAUAGCACUAAUAACAGAAUACAGAUCCUAUGUUGAUAGGAUCAAUAGGAUAGGUGUGUGGAGAACAGCAAAACAUUCUCAUUAUCCUCCAAAGCAGUAACGUUAUAAAUUAUUAUUCUUAAGAAUACGGUGCUCAAUCUAGCUUUUUAGUAGAACAUAGUAACGUUAACUUGUAAGCCGUGCUUGUACAGGGUGGACCAAAAAAACGUUAAUACUGUUUUCAGACGCAGAUGUCUUGGGAUUGGGGAGACGUGUUAAAGUUUUUUUAAGGUAUUCCUAAAGUACAGCAUCUUGGUGGUUUAUGGUGGAAACGGCGCUGAAAAUAAAGCUUAAUUUAAGAAACGGCGAUGGUUUAAUUAAAGAAAAUCAGUUUGUCCACACGCAAAUCUAUGAGAUAUGGUCACACAAUAGCACUGCACGCACAAAAAACAGCAGUAAUUGUAAUUAGGUCUACAUGACUGCCAUAGAUGUGAACAAACUAGUUUUUGACCAUUCUUCUGCAAAUGGCCGCUAUUUCCUACUUUAUUUUCAACUUUUUUCACCAUUUACGUCCAAGAACUUGUAGUUGAGGAAUAUCUUAAAACAAUUUCAACAUGUCUCUUCAAUUUUGAGAAAUCUGCCUCUGAAAAAGUGUAAUUUUUUUUUUUGGAGCACCCUUUAAUGUACCUGAUUACAUGUUGGUAUUAAAUUAAUAUAGAAAAGAGUGUAAUUUCAGUGAUUUUAGGUACCAGUAAAAGGCUUGUUUAUACUGGCUGUUUCAGAUAAUUUUUUUUUAAUACCACAGGAUACUAGAUGCACGUAAGGCGAAAUAAAUUAAAAAACAUGUUUAGCAUCCUGCCUUUUUGAAAAAAAAAAAGCGGGAGGCCCUUUUUUUUCCCCUCCAAAAUGGCAGCUCGACCGGGCUAUUUUUCAAGAUGGCCGCCACUUUUUAAAAAAAAUGGCCACCAUUGGACUCAGGAAAUGACAUAACACCUUUAUAUGGGCUAGAUGCAACAGAUAGAGGCCAAAAUGAGGUCACUUGUUGAAAAUUUUUCAUUUUUUCGGUU